UCAUCAAGAUCGUGGUCUAUGGUUUUAUCAUUUUGGUAUAAAUGAUACUAUUUCUGGCCCUAAUAAAUGGGAAUAUAAUCAAGUUAAUAAUUAUCAAAUGCCAAUCAGAAACUCAGAAGACAAAUUUUCAGUCGAUGAUUAUGAA